AUGUUAUGUAAAACAGCUUCUCACAGUUUCUCUCCAUGCCACUUCCAAGAAACUUGCUUGCGGGUUCUUUCAUUCUGCAACUCACACUCCCUCAAGGAGGGAGUAUGUGUUCAUGGCCCAAUAAUCAAAGUGGGUCUUCAAGAUGACUUGUAUUUGAACAACAAUUUGUUGUCUUUAUAUGCCAAAUGCUUUGGAGUUGGCCAAGCACGCCAUUUCUUUGAUGAAAUGCCUCAUAAGGAUGUUGUGUCUUGGACCACAGUUCUGUCUGCUCACACCAAGAAUAAACAUCAUUUUGAGGCCCUUCAAUUGUUUGACUUCAUGCUAGGUUCCGGUCAAUACCCCAAUGAGUUCACUUUGUCCAGUGCCUUAAGAUCAUGCUCUGCUUUGGGGGAGUUUAAGUGUGGGGCUCGAAUUCAUGCCUGCGUAGUAAAGCUUGGGUUUGAGCUGAAUCCUGUUCUGGGUACUACUUUAAUUGAUUUGUACACCAAGUGUGAUUGUACGGUGGAAGCACCCAAAUUGCUUGCAUUUCUGAAGGAUGGUGAUGUUGUGUCAUGGACAACAAUGAUCUCUUCAUUAGUGGAAACUAGUAAAUGGAGAGAAGCUCUAAAAAUAUAUGUCAAAAUGAUUGAAGCGGGUGUUUACCCAAAUGAAUUCACAUUUGUUAAACUAUUAGAGGUGUCUUCUUUUCAUGGUUUGGGAAUGGGUUAUGGGAAACUACUACAUGCCCAGUUAAUUAGAUUUGGGGUUGAAUUGAAUUUAGUGUUGAAGACAGCCGUUGUUGAUAUGUAUGCAAAAUGCAGACAGAUGGAAGAUGCUAUUAAGGUUUCAAAUCAGACCCCUGAAUACGAUGUGUGCUUAUGGACCACCAUAAUCUCUGGAUUUACUCAAAAUUUGCAGGUUAGAAAGGCUGUCAAUGCAUUUCUUAAUAUGGAAUUGUCCGGAAUCAUACCAAAUAAUUUUACUUAUACUAGUUUACUGAAUGGUAGCACCUCAAUUUUAUCACUGGACCUAGGCGAACAGUUUCAUUUACGGGUUAUCAUAGUUGGACUGGAGGACGAUAUUUAUGUAGGAAAUGCACUGGUUGAUAUGUACAUGAAAUGCUCCCACACCACAACAAAUGCUGUGAAAGCUUUUAGAGGGAUAGCCUCACCAAAUGUGAUCUCUUGGACUUCUUUGAUUUCUGGUUUUGCAGAGCAUGGUUUUGAAGAAGAAUCUUUUCAGUUUUUUGCUGAGAUGCAAGCAGCAGGAGUCCAACCAAAUUCCUUUGCACUAUCUGCUAUCCUUGGAGCUUGCAGCAAAAUGAAAUCUCUUAUUCAAACGAUGAAACUCCAUGGACACAUCAUAAAGACAAAAGCUGACACAGACAUAUCUGUUGGGAAUGCUCUUGUUGAUGCUUAUGCCGGAGGGGGGAUGGCAGAUGAAGCAUGGUUUGUUAUUGGCACGAUGAAACAGAGAGAUCCUGUCACAUACACAAGUUUAUCUGCAAGAUAUAACCAAUGGGGAGAUCAUGAAAUGGCCCUAAAAGUCAUCACUCACAUGUGCAAUGAUGAGGUUAAAAUGGAUGAAUUCAGCUUGGCAAGUUUUUUAUCAGCUGCAGCUGGCUUAGGCACUAUGGAAACCGGAAAGCAGCUACAUUGUUAUUCUGUCAAAUCAGGCUUUGAGAGAUGUAACUCUGUUUCAAAUAGCCUAGUUCACUUGUACAGCAAGUGUGGUAGCAUGCGCGAUGCAUACAGAGCUUUCAAAGAUAUAAAUGAGCCAGAUACAGUGUCAUGGAAUGGUUUGAUAUCUGGAUUGGCAUCAAAUGGACAUAUAUCUCGUGCUCUGUCUGCCUUUGAUGACAUGAGGUUAACAGGAAUUAAACCUGAUCCUAUUACCUUCUUAUCACUGAUUUUCGCUUGUAGCCAAGGUGGUUUAUUGGAUCUGGGUCUUGAUUAUUUCUAUUCCAUGGAAAAAGCAUACGAUAUAACACCAAAUUUGGAUCACUAUGUGUGUUUGAUUGAUCUCCUCGGUAGAGGUGGUCGCCUAGAGGAAGCUAUGAGAGUUAUUGAAACAAUGCCUUUCAAGCCAGACUCAUUAAUUUUUAAAACUUUAUUAAAUGCAUGCAAGUUACAUGGAAAUGUAACACUGGGAGAAGAUAUGGCAAGGAGAUGUCUUGAGCUUGAUCCAUCUGAUCCCGCCAUAUAUUUGCUACUUGCAAACUUGUAUGACAAUGCUGGACUCCCAGAUUUUGGUGACAAGACUCGGCGGCUGAUGAGAGAAAGAGGCUUAAGAAGAAGUCCUGGGCAGUGUUGGAUGGAGGUUAGAAGCAAGAUUUAUCUCUUCUCUGCUAGAGAGAAGAUAGAUGAGGGUGAGAUCAGUGAAAAGCUAGAGUUUCUUAUGAAUGAAAUAAAGAAUAGAGGGUAUCCAUACAAAGAGAAUGAUGAUAAGUUAUACCACUCAGAGCAAAUAGCCCUUGCAUUUGGUGAUCUUAGUGUACCAACCAUGGCUCCAAUACGCAUAAACAAGAAUUCACUGAUCUGCACUCACUGUCAUUCUUUUAUGAUGCUUGUGACACAAGUUAUUGAUAGGGAAAUUAUUGUGAAGGAUAGGAAACGAUUCCAUUUCUUUAAGGACGGUCAUUGUUCAUGCAUAGGUAACUCAUAA